UUGAAAAUGACAAUGAAAUAAUGUUUUGAAUGAAAUAUUUUGGAUCAAAAAGUCAGCAAGCAAACGCAUCCUACAAAACAACGUUGAUGUCGGCCCACAAGUAAAAACUCUUCGUGUUUUAUGGCAGCGAAAAACAAGGAAAUUUAUGCGAAGAAAAACACAAGCCUAUCAUGAUUCUAGGAUAUCUUUUAUGGUAUCUAGUUCUUGACAACUUGUUCUCCUCUGGACAAAAUUAUUUUUUCGACAAGAUAAAGAUUCGUCAAGACCAAACAACAACCGGUGUUAUCAUUGAAGAGAAACCAACCGAAAAUUCGACAGAGUUCGGGAAUUUUUCGUCGAAACGAAUAGAGGAGCUGCAUGAUGGGAGAGUCGAACAAAAUCUGUCUACAUCUGUUAUUAAUAAUGACAACUUGAAUCUUAAUUUGUCAAAAAACGAUGCGGGUGUUCAUGAGAUGGCUGGUGAAUCGAAUCGUACCGUUGUUGAAGAUACAACUCAUAACUACGAAGCAAACAACUUGAAAAAUGUUGAUGGGGACGAAGACUUGGCUUUGAGUACUAUAAACGGUUCAUUAAGAGGGAUUUUUAAAUUGCGAGAUCUGAAUAAUUUUGAUAAAAAGCGGUUGGCAAGUAUUCUAAAGUCGAUGGAAGGAAAAACGUCUUCAGUCGGUACACUUCAUAUGAAAAUCAAAGGAUCGAGCAACGAAACUUUCAAUGACCUUAACUCGCCUUUAAACGACACGAAUAAAGAUGAAAGUUUGGAAACAUUAUAUCCUAAUCCUGACAAAAUUAUUAACCAACUUUCCAAUGAAUUGAAAGAACUUAUAAAAUACCAUAAAGGACAUUACUGGGAUAAGAUGAAACAUCACAUUCAAUUUGCAAGUACUUAUCACACACAUGGUACGAUCUCUCUUCCUUAUGAUGGGAUAGUUGAACCUUUCGAGGCUUGGUACGCUGGGRAAUACAACAUGAGCAGAAUAGACUAUUAUUACGGAAUGGACAAGACAUUUCAGCGUGGUGACCUCCUGGACCACGGAGUCAUGGUCAAAGUCAUUCCUGUUCACUGGGGCAAAGACAAAAAUCUGGACAAGAACACCAUCAGUUGUUGGUAUCGCCCUGGAUUUAGAUGGGCACCUCAACGAGGUCAAAGCGUCAUUCCUAAAAAUCUUAAUAAAUUCAAGUUUGCUGGCGAAGAAUUCCGUAGCGGGAUGCCCACGUUAAAGUACUUGCGAAAGACAACAACAUUCAACAAGAAAAACACUUAUACCUUAUACAUCACUAAAGAGAAGCCACAUCGUCCAUUGCGUUACGUCAUGCAUGGUCGUGACACACUUUUGCAUUCUUCUUACGAUCAUUACGUCAUAGAUUAUCUUACAUUUCACCCGUGGAAGUUCGACUUUGAAGUCAUGAAAAUACCAAAAGGAAACUUUUGUGAGAAAACUUUAAGUAAACAUCGAUCGAAACUUCACUUCAACCCGAUGGCGGAGUUUAUGCAUGAGAAUUUUGAUGAUAUUGACGUAGAGGAACUGUACGAGCAUUACAAGAAGAAACACGGUAAACAGUACCCAGAUGAGAGAGAACACGAGCAGAGAAAAAAUAUAUUCAGACACAAUAUGAGAUAUAUAAGGUCUCACAACAGGGCUGCUCUCAGCUACACCCUUGAUCCCAACGAGCUUGCAGAUGUAACAGACGAAGAGUUCGAAACCUACAAAGGUCUCCUGAUCGACCCCAGCGGAGGAGACGAAAAGCUAAAGAAACAGGCUAUACCAGAAGUACGAUUCAGCAUCCCUCACAAGCCUCUGCCUGGCAAUCUGGACUGGAGAGAAUAUGGAGCUGUCACACCCGCCAAGGCGCAAGGUCACUGCGGGUCUUGCUGGACGUUCUCUGCUAUGGGRCCAAUAGAAGGAGCUUACGCCAUAGAGACAGGUAAACUAGUUGAUUUCUCGGAGCAACAGCUUCUAGACUGCACCUGGGGGUUUGGAAACAACGGAUGCCGCGGUGGAUAUUCGUGGAAGGCUUUGGUUUGGGCAAGAAAGUUUGGCGURACAUCUAGCGAGUCGUACGGUAGAUAUCUAGCACAGGAAGGAUACUGCCACUGUGCACCGAAAAACAACUGCUCAUCAGUCCAGUUUUCUCGGGUAAUGACCACGCCCAAGAACGACGAAGAUGCACUAAGGCGUGGUCUUGCGUGGUAUGGCCCGGCGUCCAUUGCCAUCAAUGUUAACAGAAAAUCGUUCAAAUUCUACAGUUCGGGAGUUUUAGACGAUCCCAAGUGUGGUCCACAUACAAAUCAUGGUGUUGUUAUCGUUGGUUAUGGAAAAGAAAACGGCAAGGAGCACUGGAUUAUAAAGAAUUCCUGGGGGAAAUUCUGGGGCGACGAAGGCUUUAUUAAGAUAUCCCGAAAGGACAAUCAAUGUGGGAUUCUAACAAAUGAACCAAUCUUUAUCAAGUUCAAUUCAACGUCAAAAUUACACGGGAAGGAUUUUCCCUUUCUGAAAAUGGAGAAGGUAUCCUUUGUCGACAUGGAGAAGAAGAUGAAURUAUCGGCGCUGAAAUUAUCGCCUUUUGAUUACAAACGAUCUGAGAUCGAUUUCUGGACGCCACCUGAUUUUAUUAGAGACAAUAAUGAUGAGAAGAAAAAAAAAAYGAUAAAAACMUUUUAAAAUCUUGACCACUAGGGAUAUAAUGCGUUUUUAACAAGAAGAGUAAAUAAGUCGAA